GAAAAGAUGAAACGUCACUUCCGCCUUCCAGGGCGCUAGCAGCUUCCUAGCGGAGGCUGGUUGAGUUGAAUAGGAUAAAACAGAAAGACUGAAGAAUAAUAGAGGCCGGGCCUUCCGCAAGGAAAGUGGCAACCAGAAAGAACACGUAAGUGACAACAAUGGCGGCUCGUGAGGAAGUUUCAGAGCAGAACAGCAACCUACAGAGCACGAGCAGGAGCCCGAGCCCGAGGACGAGAGGCCCCGCUCCGUUCUUGCUCAAGACCUUCGAUCUUCUUGAGGAAGCCGGAGGUGACGAUCUCGGAGAAGAAGAAGAAGAAGAAGAUGAUGAUGAUGAUGGCGACGGCGAGGGGAUGAUGAAGAAGAAGAAGAAGAGGAAGAUGAUAUCGUGGAACAAAGAAGGGAGUGGGUUUGUGGUUUGGUGCCCUGCCGAGUUCUCGGAGCACAUGUUGCCCAAGUACUUCAAGCACAACAACUUCUCCAGCUUCAUUCGCCAGCUCAAUACCUACGGAUUCAAGAAGACAUCAUCCAAGAGAUGGGAGUUCAAGCACGACAGGUUCCAUAAGGGGUGCAGGCACAGACUCGCGGAGAUCACCCGCAAGAAGUGUGAGCCCAGCGUCUUCCCUCAAUUCUUGAGACCUUCCAAAGACCACCACAAGAACAGCAACAACAGCAGUAGCAGCAACGGCAAUGCACAGACCAGUGCAAGCUUUUUAGAGGAAGAUGGUCGGGUCCAAUUGAUGGAGGAGAACAAGAACUUGAGGAGGGAGAAGAUGGAGUUGGAGACCCAGAUAGCCCAAUUCAAAGCUAUAGAGAUGAAGUUGCUGGACUGCCUUGGCCAGUACGUGGGCAACAACCCCCACCCCCACCACCACCAUGAGAAGAUAAUGUCAUACAAGAGCAAUUUUGGAGGGUAUGGUGAGGAAUAGCGCUUGCAAAUUGAAAGGAUUAACGAUGUUGAUUUCUGUUGAUUUGUGUCCUUUGCAUUGAGAGCUCAAAACCCAAUCAAGGGUGGCGCAAUCUUAUCAAGAAAUUAUCCAGUUACUUCUCGAAGCAUGUAAGGGCAAUCUUCUUAGGGUCUCUUCCCCUUGCCAAGGGUCACUCCAUGUGAAAAUCUGGUUGGGCAACAUAAAUAAUAGACGGUUCGUGUUUA